GGCCAACUUUUUGACGGCCUCAACAACCACCGAAGUGGUGUCAAAUUGGUAAGACACUCGCGUUUCGCAGUGCCUUGCAUUGUCUCUCGCUCGUGCAGCGCGAAGGUUGGUCUACCGCUCGUCCGUCUGGCUUUUUUCAGGAGGCCCCCUUGGAGCAGCAUGUCCAUCUGCGGCGAAAUGGACGCGUCCCCAGCCACGACUCUGGUUGAUCUGCCGAAAGAGGUGCUCGGCGUCGUCGGCGGGUUCGCUGACCCGGUAGGAGUCUUCGGGUGCUUAGCGAAAGCGACGCGGGACGCCUGCGACUUGGCCUGCCAGACUCUCGCGCGGGCGCGGUAUCCGGCGUGGGCGCUACCGAACCGACUGCCUUUGAUGUCCGAAUCCGCGGAAAGCUACCCGUCGUGGCGCGCGCUCAUCGCCGAUGACAAUGCUCGGGCGGGCAUGUGGUGUUUGGACGUCGGCACCGGCUCUAGCAUUGCGGGUGCGAACGCCAGAUAUUACGAUACGUACAUCUCGCGAGUGGCGCGCGAUCCGGCUAAUUCAGGACAGCUCGUGGUCAUCAUGGAAGAACGUGGGGAAAACGAUCUUGGCAGCGUGCACACAAGUUCUUGGGGUCCACGUUUUAAUAUCUUAGUGAACGAUUGGGUGUCCACGCAUUACGGCUUAGAGCCUGGAGUUUGUAAAAGAAUCCGAUCGGUGCACGAGUACAUACUCCGUACGGACGGCCACGCGGUCUGCCGGCUGUAUUUUCCAUCGGUGGCGGGUGCGCAUCGCGGAAUUGGCUACUCCGCAGGGGGGCUCGCGACUGGGUGGGACAAAGGACAUUCGAUAGGUUUCGAGUACUCCUGGCCUACAGGAGGGACCACUUUGAUACCCUAUGGCCCCUCCCCGUGCUUCCUGCAAAGGGGUGAAUUCAAGACCUGGGAGGCCGCCUUCCGAGGCCCGGGACUCCCGCCGGGCGCUUGGAGGCGCUCCUUCGUGCCACGCCCGCUGCCGUACGCCGACGUGGCGAUCGAGUUGUGGGAUUUGCCCCCGUCGAUCCUUGCCCGCCACCGAAGAGGCAAGUGGGGCGUGUAG